AUUGGAGCUAAAAACACUGCAUUGUGGGAGGGUCACCCGCCAUACACAAUGACAGAAAUGUAUUAUGCUAAAGUAGUGCUUUGCCAUUUAAUGCACUUAUUUCUUUCUGUCAAAUGGGCACAGAAAUAUAACACAAAUGAGAUGCUCCCUCAAGGCGUAUUAACCUUCUUCCUGCAAUGGGUUAAUGUUGUCAAACUAUACAAUCAAGACGAAGUAAACAAUGAGAUUAACAAUUUGGUGCGCGAUGUGGAAAUGCUAUUGGUACCCGAAAUGCCUAAAACAUCGGUGCCAGGUGAAGUAGUCAAACAAAGAGUAAUGAAGAAGAUUCUAAAACAGCGUGAGGUUAUAUCUGCUAUCUCUCAAGUUGUGUACAGAUAUCGACAAAUAGUCGUUACGCCUGCUAUGGAUCUGGACACUCUUAACAUUAUCGAGGUAUUGAAGAAGAAAACAGGACAUGUUAUAGCCGUUGCGGCCAUCUACCAAGCCAUCGCGGCACAGUGUGGCAUAGCAUGUAGUGUGAUUGCCUUCACUAAUCACUUUUUCUUAGAAUGGAUAUGUACCGAUGACGAGCGCAAGACACAAGUACACAAAAUAAAUAUUGAGACUGGCGAAGUGCUAUCAAAUCGUCGGUGUCCGUUUUCAGACCGGUCCGCGGACCGCGCUUGCGCAUAUUGUGCUAAUUCCUUGCUGCGGUACAUUAUUACCUCUUUCACUAAUACCGUCGGACCGGGACACCUCGGAACUAACAACUGGUAUAAGCAGAAUGCUUUUCUUCUCUAUGAAUUUCUUAAUCCCGAAGCAGCACCGGACAGUCCGUAUUACAAUUAUUACCGGUAUUUAAUCCAUGAAGUGCCUCUUAAUUUAUUGUCACCCAUUGGUAUUCAAUACAUUGAAAAUGAACAUUUGCAAAUAUUAUCAGCUCUGACGUAUUUAAAUGCACCUGCUAACACUUGCAGGAGUAGCCGAAGUAUUAUACUUAAGAAACGGAACAGUCAGAUAAAAUAUGCCGUUGGAAUGAUAUGUUUUCACAAAAAGUAUUUGUAUACGGGUAUUAUAAUCGGCUGGGAUGCAAUAUGUGACGCCAGUUGGAGUCAGCACCCAGAAGUUAGAAAUCUGCAGUUUGGCCCUAACCAGCCUUUCUACAAUGUGAUUGCCGCCGAUGGGUCCAGUCGAUAUGUACCUCAAGAAAAACUUGUAUUCGUGACGAAUCCACAGCGCAUGAUCCAACUGGAAGAUUUUUUAGCACGGGAAUUUACACAUUUUAAUGGAUUCGCGUACGUACCAAAUAAAGAGAAGAGGGUAGAAUAUCCUGAAGAUUUGCAAAUAAGUGAAAUGUUUUUGAGUCGAGCUGAAAAUAAAACUGGAGUUUGUUUGACUGAUCCUUACGCCGUUUGUACGUAAUAUUUUAUAACUAGGCUAUAUUAUAUAAGAUUACCAAUGCAAAUAUUUGUGAAAACUGUUACACCGUUACAAGUACACAGAGCCACCGCUGAACGGAUUUGAGUGAAAUUUAGCACACGGAUAUUGAUUUUGGGAUUUUUAUAGCUGGAAACGCUUUAGAUUGCAGGCGAAGCCACAAGCUACACAUAGUUUUAAUACAAAUAUUCCAUCUAAAAGAUUCGGAACCACAGGUUGGAAUGUCUAAAUAAAAGUACCCACUCGCAAGUUAUUUCUUUACGCCCUAUUUAUAAAGGCAUUUUUUUCUUUAUCCACUUUGCAGUCAUAUCGAAAAAAGACGUCAUGAAAUAUAAUUUUAUGUGGAGAAAAGAAUGUAAGAUGCGUGUUUUUUGAACGAUUUCAUUUGAUGUAAUCUUUUUAUUGGUUCAUCGAUUUUUUUUUUAUUCCGUGGCCUGAUUUGAACGAAUCUUUUAUAGAUUUCAUUGGUACAGGACUCAAAAUAAAUUAGAAUUUUGAUUAUUUUUUUGUUAAUUUUAAUAUACCUUCAAUUUGUUAUAUGAGCAUAAAAUUUCAUAAAUAAAUAAAUAUUUAAUAUUGUUGUUUGACCUUGAAUUUAGGAGAUGGAGUCGGGAACUCGAUAUAAAAUAAGAUGAGAAUUAUUAUUUUUAUAUGGGGUUCAAUUAAAUGUGUUUUAUGACUAGCGAUGUAAUCUUCACCCUAAUUGGUGUUAUUAUGUUUACAUACACACGAAAUAUCUUUUUCAGUCGAUAAUUAAUUUCAAUUGUUAGCACUUGUAGUAAUAGUCAAUAUAAAUGGGGCACCGCCCUCGGAAAAUAUUUAAUGUGCAUAUAAUCAUAAAAACACGAGAUCGAAAGAUUAAUUUGUUUUUCUUUUAAUAAUUUCUUAUAAUAUGUAUAUAAAGUAUUUUUUUUUUAGUAGUGGUUUUCGGAGUCCUUUUAUACGAUUAGGAUUAUAUGUUUUAAGUCAAUAUUGAAAAAAAUAAUGUAGAUACCUACGUCUUUUUUAUUAUGACCACAGCUAAGUUCUAAUUAAAUUAGGGCAGUACUUGUGUUGACUUUAAAGUAUAAACUAUAUAUAAUAUACGUAUAAACGUA